CGGCUCAUAUUUACUUGGACACACUCAGGAACAAAUAUAUUAUCGUCUCACCUUACUCUGUUUCUCUUCUCGUUUUACUUCCUGCCACUAAUCAUUACCUUCUUCGAGAGAUUAGUUAGAUCAGGUUCUGCAAUUCUCAGAUAAGAAUCCAUGGCGUCUCUAACAAUGGCGUUCAGUCCGGCGCUGACCGGAAGAGUGUUCGCGGCGACGGCGGCGAAGGGCACCGGAGGGAGCAAAGAGGAGAAGGGACUGCUGGACUGGAUCCUCGGGGGGUUGCAGAAGGACAAUCAGCUGCUGGAGACCGACCCGAUUCUCAAGAAGGUCGAGGAGAAGAACGGCGGCGGCGGCGGACGCAAGAACUCGGUGGCGGUGCCGCCGAAGAAGAAGGGCGGCUUCGGGGGCCUCUUCGCCAAGAAUUGAUCAACUCGAUAAGAUUAAUAUAAGUUAUGCCGAUUUAUUGCCAUUUUUAAUUACUUCUCGAUUUAAUUGUUAAAUCAUUAUCAAAACUCCUGUCUCGCUUAUUUGAAAUGUGGAACGUUGGACUUUUGUAAUUGCUGUUCUUUCUAAAUAUAGCCAACGGGUUUUUAAUUCCUAUUUUUGAUAAUG